AUGUCUCCAUCUGAGGCGGCUGAGGAGCAGCUGACAGGCGCCGGCAUGCACUCGGAGAGAGAACCCAGCCCCCAACCUGCCUCCGAAGAGUCUCCCUCUGCCUCUCCGGGGCUCGCUUUGAAGCGCGCCGCUGCGUCCUUUCUUCUCUCGUCACUGGAAGAAAAAACAUCUUCCGCGUCUUCACCCUCUCUCCGGUCGCCUCCGCUGUCUCUCCCGCACCCCACCUCCUCUUCUGCCGCAGCUCCGUUUGCGUCACCGCCCGCCAGUGCCUCCUCCAGCUCGGUCUCCAGCGCUAGAGGCGUUCUCGCUCGCCGCUACUUGAUGCCGAUCCCGAAGCGAGCGGAAACCACCGGCGCGAUGCGGAAGGUGGCGGGGCCGGCGAGCCACGGGUCUGCGGGCAGAGAUGCCUAUCACCGUCAGCACACUGGAGCUACGCGACCUUGGAUGUGGGCUGCGGCCUCGCUCUCGUGCCUCGCCUGUCUGCUCGUGUGGCUGCUGCACCGCAUGCGGCUCCACAGAGUUGCCGUCAGACUUCAGAAAAAAAUUGGGAGUUGUUUUCCUCCGCCUGUUGUCUACGCCUACGGCCGCCUCUUCACGUUCUUCCCGCUCUCUGCGUCUUGCGGCUGGCUGGCGCUUCUCUUUCCGCAGCUCGCACUCCUCUGUCGCGUGUUGUUGCACCUCUACGAGGUCGCCUGUCUCCAUUGGUUUUGGGCGCUGAUGUUCGACUUGCUGGGGGGCCCUGACAGCGCCUUGUUGGUCGUUAACUCUUCGCCUGAGAAAGAGACGAGAUUCUUGUAUGGCGCACGGCCAGCGCGCGCAGAGGCGACUGCAGAGGCGACCGCAGCGGCGGACGCGCCGGCUGCAAGGCGGCACGCGAUGUGGUUGUUGCUGAGCCGCGCCGUUUUGGACAGGUUGCCCCGGCCGAAGGAGAGGUGCAUAGGGGACGGCGAGUGUCUCAUCCUGGCGUGCGGCGGAGAAGGCGGAGGCGACACGAAGGAGAAGCAGGACGCCGAAGAGCCAGGCCAGGAGGCAGCUGCGAGGCGACGGCGAGGAGAGGACAACGCGCGCGAAGAAGGGCCUAGCGAGCACGCGCAAGCCGGAACAGGCAGCAGAGAUGCGAAGGACGCGCGCACGUGUCAGGGAGAAGGAGAAGAACGAGUCGGAGAAAGAGAGGAGAACGUGGAAGACAUACCGAGAGAAAAAGAAGGAGAGGACUCUUCUUCGUCCACGACCACAGCGACAACGCCGCGUUACGCGCUCGCGGGGGCGGGCACCGGGGAGCCCUUCGCGUCCGCGCAGCGAGGAAAUAGAGAGGGAGUAGAGAGAGAAGGGCAGAGUGAGCGAGACGAAGACGAGGGCGACAAGGCAGCCCAGCCUCGGAGCUGCGCAGCAGGAGACUCUCAGGGGAGCGAAACCGGCCCGCGGCGGCAGAGCGAGCGAGAGAGGCAACCCGAGCGCCUGCUGCAGGAAAGGAGACGCACCAGCCCGUCCAUUAGAAGCAAAACGGGGGCGGGGCGGUCCGGUCAGCAGUCCCCUACCUCAGAGGCGGAGGGGCGAUGCGCAGACGUAGAGAAAGGCAGAGAGAGAGAGGGGGAAACAGCUAGCGAGAAGGACGAAGCGGAAGGAGGCGGAGAGUCUCAAUAUUCAGGAGCGCCACUUCGGCGCAUUUGGUGUGUGCCGCCGCUCUGCUGCUUCGCCGCGAGAUCCAAAAAGCGCGAAUUUCGAGCGCGCGACAUCCGCCUCAGCUUUCUCUGCCUGCUUCCCUACACCUUCCUCAGCUGCGCGGUGACAGUCCUUUCCUCUCUGGUGCCAUCGACACUGUUCCUGGUCCGUGCGUCCUCCGCGUCGCCCCGCGAGCCCCCCUGCGCGGGGACUAGCUGCCUCCUCGCAGGCGCGAACGCGACGGUGGAGGCGCCCGGCGCGAGCCGCGCGGAGGAGGCUACCUGGCUGCGCUCGACGGCGAUGGAGGUCGCGGUCCAGGAGACUCUGCAGCAGGCCGCGGUCUUCUCAGUCAUGCUUGCCAUGUGGGGAAUCGGCGCGGUCUACUUCGCCACGCGCAGAGUCCUGAAGGGAUUCAAUCUCGGGCUGAAGUUCACAUGCAUAAAGAUCCUCGUGUUGAUCAUCCAAGCGGCGGAGGUCGCCGCGAAGUUCCGCCGCAGACCCGCGCCAGUGGAGCCCCCCCCCGACGCGCCCGGCGGCGCUCCCCUGUUUCCGUUCUCUGCAGACGCAGACGCGAGCGAAGAAGGCGCCUACCUCGAGCUGCACCACUCGCUGUUUGACUUCAUUCUGACGCUGGUGGCGCUGCCCGUCACGCUGCUGGCGCUGCGCACAUUUGACCCCUGCGAGCUCUAUCGCCUCGAGGAGCGCAGCCCCGCGUUUGGUGGCUUGGUCCCACUCCGCCCGAGCGGAGCCGCGGCGCCGAAGCGAGGGAACGGGGACGAAGGCCAGGGGAAGGGACACGAGGCGACCCAGGACGCGCUGUUCGCCGCACACGCGAGUGACAGACUGCAUGUAGGGCGAGUCACAGCCAAGUGA